CAAAAUGCCUUGAUUCAUUUGGUCAUCAUGCGCUCUCAUGUAUAUUUCCAAACGUCCUACGUAUUUUAACAAAUCCAACUAUCAUUUUAUUCGAUUUUUUUACUAUUUUAUCUCAAUCUCCUUCAAUCACUGAACCUAUCAAGUAAACACAUCCAUUCAUUAAUUUAUAUUAUAAUUUUUUAUUAAACUUAUAUUUUAUCUCAAUAUCCAUCACUCACUACCGCUUGACAGACAUCAAUAUUUGUUUAUUCUACCUAUUUUAUCAUGCGCAUUGGUACUUCGAUCCCAUUUAACGCAUCACAUUUCACAGUUUCAAACACCAGCACCUCCUCCUUGCCACCUGUUUCCAGCUAUCUAAUUGGUCGAACUGACACAGCCAGUCCCAUUACUGAAGAUCCUAUCAACGCCAAUGAAAAUGUGGAAGAUCAUCAACAAAUGAAUGCCGAUUCUUUGAUUUCGAAUGUUGGAAACAACAGUUUGGAAGAUAACAGUCUACUCGAGUCCUCCACUCUUACUGCAAUAGAAACACCUUUGCCAUUUCGAUCUGUGCCACACUCGAUCAGGUUUCCUCUUCAGCUUGAAGUUCAACAAAUCCGAUGACCCCGUUUUAUAUUACGACACUACACCUGAUGAUUUCCAAGAGAUGGCCACUCUGGUUGUAUAUACAGUAGGUCAACCGUUAUAUAUAGUUGGGUGUCGUGACAUGGCAGCCCGAUGGGUGUUCAGACAUAUAGAAGUUGAAUCGAACUUGGUAAAACGUUUGAUGUUGGCCAAAUACCAUGAUUCAUGGGCUUAUACUGAAACACAAGGACAAACUCAGGCAUUUGAACGCGCCCGAGCUAACUUGUAUGUUGCUAAGAUGUUAAGGCAUUUCCAAAAUGCCCUGAAACAUCUGUGGCACAUGCCAGGUUGUGAUAACGUGCGAGCGAAAUUACAAGCAAUUCAUGUAGCUGCACGAGCUUUGCAGGUUCCACCGCCUUUUGUAUUGCACACCGUGGGGCAGGCCACAUUCUCAGAACCCGAAUGGAUUUAUUGUGAAACCGCCGUUGACGACGAUAACAAGCGCUAUGUCCACGCUUAUAAGUUUCACACUGCCCAGCAUGAAUCCGACCCUUGGAAGGAUUUAAUUCAUGGUUUCAUUCACUUUGCAUACCAAAAAAGUGAGGAGAACUCUUUGAUAGCGCAAUUGGAUUGUGAUGGCGAUGGUAUCAUUUCGAACUUGGUAUGUUAUCCAAAACUGUCUCAUCUUGGCCCAGUGUCUGAGUACACUGAGACCGUCGACAAAGCAUUUCAACACUUCAAGGGCGAACAUGAAUGCAACAAGAUAUGUAAUAUCUUGGCUUUGCGACAACUGGAUGAUGUGUGAAUUAAAUUUUAUUGAGACAUUAUGAUAUUUAUCAUCGACACUUUUUUAUUACCACAAUUUAAGAUGGGAGGUUUUGAAAUUGGUAUUUUGACUUAUGAUUGUUGAUAUUAUCAUAUCAUCUAUAAUGCUUAUUAAAUUGCUCUUGAUCAUUUGUUGUGCUAUAGUUUUUUUAUGUGUGGCACGUUUAAUAUAUUGUUUGUAUUAUCUGUUGAAACACAAGAACUUUUGAUUGAUGGCUGCUUUUUCUGACUUGAAUAGUAUUAGUAUACUUUUGACAAAUCACCUGAAACUUGGGAAGGUUUACAUGCAC